GGAAGCCAAGCCAAGGAAGGAAAGGAAAGGGGAGGGCAGAGAAGAGGAGGGAAGGGGAGGGGAACGGAGUGUAGGGUUUAAGACUGUCAGCAGCAAAUCAAACAGUUUGGCUCGAGCUUUGCCCGGCUCGUGUACUCGAUUUGUCUGAGUAUUUUCUCGAUUUGAAGAGAGUGUCAAGAUGGUGAAGAAGAGCAAGAAGAGUAAAUCAAAGCGUACACCGUUGCGCAAGAAGUAUAAGAUUUUGAAGAAAGUCAAGGAACAUCACAAGAAGAAAGCGAAGGAGGCCAAAAAGGCCGUAGGGUCUCGGAAGCAGAAAGUAGAGAAGGAUCCAGGAAUUCCCAAUGCCUGGCCUUUCAGGGAGCAAGAACUUGCGGCCUUGGAGCAACGUCGCUCCAAAGCUUUGGAUGAAGCGGAGAAGCGCAAGCAGGCGAAGAAAGAGCGGGCUGCCAAGCGGAAAUUGGGAAUUCCUGAUGACGAGAUGGAAGAUGCAGAGGACAAUUUGACUAAGCUUACGGAUGAUGCCAAUCAACGUAGUGCCGAAUUUGAGCAGAAAAAACGAGCUAAAGUGGAGCAGACUGUGUCCGCCCCUGCAGAAAACUCUAGACGAGCUUUUUUCAAGGAAUUCCAAAAGGUCGUUGAGGCUGCAGAUGUAGUUAUCCAAGUUUUAGAUGCUCGCGAUCCUCUGGGCAGUCGUUGCUUGGACGUGGAACGUUUGGUGCUAAAAUCUGGAGCAACUAAGCGGAUCAUUCUGCUCUUGAACAAAAUAGAUUUGGUUCCCAAAGAGGUGGCCGAGAAAUGGCUGAAAUACCUAAGGGAAGAGCUCCCGACCGUAGCAUUUAAAUGUAGUACCCAGCAACAACGAACCAACUUGAGCCGCAAAGCUCCCAAACAUUACAAGAAGAAGGGCGAGGUGCCUCAAACUGUGCAAGUUAGCGAGUGUCUUGGUGCCGAGAAUUUGUUGCAGUUGCUGAAAAACUACUCUCGAAAUCAAAAGUUGAAGACAGCCAUCACGGUCGGUGUGGUCGGUUUCCCUAACGUUGGGAAGAGUAGCUUGAUUAACAGUUUGAAAAGAACUCGAGUUGCCACCGUAGGUGCUACACCUGGUGUGACAAAAGUAAUGCAAGAGAUACAUUUGGAUAAGAAUGUGAAACUGCUCGAUAGUCCGGGUAUUGUGUUCGCGUCUUCUAAGGGUGAUGAAGCUUCAGCCACUUUGCGAAACGUGAUCAAAAUCGAACAACUUUCAGAUUCAACAGCUCCUGUCAAGGAGAUCUUGAGGUUGUGCACCCCAGAGAAGUUAAUGGGUAUAUACAAGAUUCCUCAGUUUGAGGGCGUGGAUGAGUUCCUUCAGCAAAUUGCUGCAGUAACUGGGAAACUGAAGAGAGGAGGUGUUGCCAACACUCUAGCUGCCGCUCGAGUGGUACUGCAUGACUGGAAUAACGGGAAAAUUCCUUACUACACGCUACCACCGGAACGACAUGUCAACACCGAACAUCUGGAAUCAACCAUUGUUAGUGGGUGGAGUAAGGAGUUCGAUAUCAAUGCAGUGCUGGAGGAUGAAGAGUCGAAGGUGAUUGCUGGUCUCCCUGCACUUGCUUCCAGUCUCCAUUCUUCUCAGUUGAAAAUUAGCGCUCCACUGGCAAUGGACGUCGAUGACGGAACGAUGGACGAAGAUGAUGAGGACGAGAGUGAAGAAGAAGAGGAGGACGAGGAAGACGACGACGACGACGACGAUUCUGAUUAAGAGAUGUAGAUAUCGGGAAGCUAGGUGAUUUUGGUCUUUAACAUAUUAUGCAUCAUACGUCAUUCUAAUUCAAAAGUAAAUUGUAAUAUAGCCUGUCUAGGAUCUUCGAAAUAGCACACAUUUUGAUGAGGUGGUCGUCCUUGCUGCGAUCACGUGAUCGAAGGGAGAUAAAAGGGAGUAAAGAGUUGGGAAGU